GAAGGUGUGGUUUCCUUUGUAUUAAAACCUGACGUUUGUGCUGUUUGGAAAGCUGUGUAAAACACGUUUGUAGUAGAAGCCUUUUUUUUCAUCUUAAACAACAUAUUUAAAGUAAUUUAAAAUGAAGAUUUUCUGGAUUAGUUCACUGCUCCUGAGUCUGUUCGUGUGGAUACCUGUUACGUUUUCGUCUUCUUCAGAAGGUCCUGAGGAUCAGGACACAUCAGGAGAUGACGAAUCCUCAGGAUCAGGAUUGGCAGAAUAUGAACCUGCCUGGGUUACAGAUGCCCCUGUGAUGCCCACAGAACAAACUACCAGAAUACCAGUCACAAUAGCCUCAUAUUCACUCUAUACAUCAGUUUCUGAAAGCAUACAGAGGGAAGCCACAGCUGUUAGUCUUAUGGACCCAGAAGAGACAACCACUGUUUACAAGAAAGGGUUUGCUUCUACUGUAGUAGAGGACUACACUAAAAACAUAAGUGUUAAAGAAGACAACAGACCUACAACAGACCUAAAACUCAAUGAUGUAAAUACAAGUGUUCCUCGUAUGAAGACCAUGCCUGUGCAGACAACAGGAACAACAGAUGUGAAAAAUCUUACAACUGAAGCUGCUGCAAAAACCACCACUAUUCUUACGACUACAGAAGACAAAAAUGUAAUUCUUGAAAAUACUAUUAUUUCAGAAGACAGGGCUAAUGUUGGGAAUUCAGAUACGGAUUCUGACUUUCACUUUGUCAAUGAAAUGAAACCCAGAAAAGUCGAGCCUGUUCAUGAUCCUGAAACAGCAGCAGGUCACUCAUCAGGAAAUAACACCCUACUGGAGAGGAAGGAAGUUCUUGCAGGUGUCGUAGCUGGUGGUGUUGUGGGUCUAAUGUUUGCCAUCAUGCUGGUCACCCUAAUGAUUUAUAGAAUGAAGAAAAAAGAUGAGGGUAGCUAUGCAUUAGAAGAGCACAGACAUGUUGGCUAUCUGAAACCUCAGAAACAGAUGGAGUUCUUGGCCUAAAAGAUCCAAGAGUCAAAAAAUGAAAAUUAUUUGGUCAAUUACUCAUCCUCAGCUCAGUUCAUUCCAGACCUUUAUAUAUAGUUGUCGUCAAACGUUUACAUACACCUUGCAGAAUCUGAAAAAUGUUGAUAAUUUAAAAAAAUAGGAAUUUAGGAAAUGUUUGUAUCCUUUAUAACAGUGUAUGAGUUACUUGAUUGUCCUCAGUGUGAAAAGAUGAAUCUCAACAUCAUACAGUCACUGGUGAGCAGGAGUCAAAUAUGCAUGAAAAUGCUGAAAAAGCAGACUGUGCAGGACCUGGAGGAAUUUUUUGGAGACCGGUGGACAGAUUAUUGGCUCAGGACACAAAAAAGUCUUCAAAAACCACAAACUGUCAUUAAUUGUCUAUAGGUUUCACAGAAACUUUUGCCUUGAUGUUUUGUGGGGUUUGAUGUGCACGUUGAUCGGAUGUUCCGGUAGCUUGGUUGGUGGAGCCUCGCAUUGGCAGUGUGUAUACAUUGAAUACACUUUAAGUCACUAUUUAAGUCAAAUGCAUACUUGUAAAAGCAGAUUUAAUUCAUUUUAUAUAAACGCAGUGGUUUGGUGACUAUGUAUGAAGUUCACACCCUAUAAACGAACAAGCAUUUUGAUUGGCCACUACAGUCGAGCCUCAUUUCAUGUCACGAAACACAAGAUUGCCAUUUUCUUUAAGACAGCUAGAGGGCACUUAACAUAACUAUACGCUGUCAUAUGCUGCUGGCACAAAUUACCUAUGGGGUAAUUUUUUGGGGAGACAGGCAGAGUCAGAUAUUUUGAUGAAUGUUGGUAACCAAACAACACUGGACAUGUAAUGAAUAAAACCAGGACACGUUUACUUCCACUGUAUGGAAACAAAACAGACAUUUCUCAAAAUAUAUUCUAUGUUUCACAGAGAAAAGAGUCAUACACAGGUUUUGAACCAGAUGAGGGUGUUUAAAUGAUGGCAAGACUUUGGGGUGAACUCUUCUUUUAACAAAGACUGUUCUUACUACCUUUUAAUAUUAAAUACUAAUUGGUAAAG